AACUAACAAAGCAAGUAAACUGUUGUAUUCAGGUUAAGAGAGGUCACCCGGAUAUGGUUCCCCCUAGACUGCAGUUAAGCCGGAUUGAAAUUACCAAGUUCAGUUUCUAUGAUAGUUAUACUGCGGAAGGUUCUUAAACAGCCUGAAGUCUCGACUAAAGGUCUUCAGACCCUCUCAAUCUGAGUCUCUAGCGGGCGACUAACCUCCACCGGAGUAAAUAGAUUGAGGCCCUAAGAACAAAACCUCCACUACCGGAGUAAAUCCGGUACAGAAUAGUGAGUUGGUUCCUCGACUAAAGUCACCAACUCCCUACCUUCAAUCAAGGAUACUCUAUUAACCUAGGCAGAUAUUCUCAUUCUAGGUUAAAGCAGAAACAACAGGAAUUUGAUCAGGAUUCAAGUCAUUCAAUCAUAAAACCUCAAUCGAAUAUAAUCAAAUCAUAGAAUCAGUACUUGGGUUCAUACAAUCAAACCUAACAUACAAAUCUAGGGUUCUCCAUACCCAGAUGAAUGGGAGAACUACUCCAUGGAGAAGAAAGCAAAAGCAGAAUCAGACGCGGAAUUCAUACUGUGAAGGAUGGAUUCCUGCUCCUAGACGUUGAUCGGCACUUCUCCAAGCUCAAACUGGCCUCCAAUGGUGUUGAAGAUCAAGCUAGGGCACUUGGAGACUCUUGUUCGUCGCUUUCUCUCUCUAGGAAUCGUUCUCUCUCUCAAAAACUCGAAUCCCCCCGAAUUGUGGCUGAAAAUCUGCUUAAAAGCAGAAAAUCCCGACUCACACGGCAAGGGUGGCACGGCCGUGUGGCUUACCCAGUUUCCCGUGUGAGUCAAAACGAUGCGUUCCAAUUAGUUCGAUCUUCAGGCUUCUCACACGGCCAGGGUGGCACGGCCGUGUGAGAUUUCCAUCUGCCCGUGUUUGCUCUCGCAGAAAUCCACACGGCCAAACCACUCCUUCACACGGUUGUGUGGAUAUCAGGGCAGGCCGUGUUUGCCCUCGCACAAUCUCGCACGGCCAAAGUGGUCACUUGCACGGUCGUGUGAGUUGUGGGUGUGCCCGUGUGACCUCCUUUUUGACUUGCCUCGCGCCCGAUCUUUGCCCAAUCGACCCCGAACUCGCUCCUAAACCUUCAUUCACUUGCCAGGACCUGAAAUAUCACAAACAAGCACAACCUAGCGUGAAAUCGGUCUAAAACACGAGAAACCACAUCUCAAACGGUGUAAGAACAGGGGUGAAAACAUGUGUAACUAACGGUCUAUCACAUAUCGUGAAUUCGUCAAACCGGGUCCUUGCGUGAUUACCAAAAGGAGUUCGAGAAAUUGGCUAAUCGCUGCGUCGGCUGGACGCAACAUGUAUUGGUGGGCACCUAUGAGGGAGGUUUGAAGUCGAAGAUCGCUGACGAGAUCCAGAUGUUUCGUCCACAGUCUUUGCGCGACGCCAUUAGUUUGGCAAGGAUGAAGAAUGACCAAAUCCAGCAUCACAAGCCGGUUGGUCGUGGGGCGCCGCCUGCUGGAGGAGGAGUGGUGACAGACAGUGGUGGUGGUGGAAAUAAUAUGAGAACUGCAAGCUCGGGAUUUCAAGGAGGGGGACCACCGCGUUGACCGUCAGGAGGGAAGGGAAUGACCUAGGAGGAGCUGCAGCUGCGAAGAGCUCAAGGUCUGUGUUUUAACUGCGAUGAGCGGUUCGCCAUUGGGCAUAAGUGCAGUAAUGCUAGGGUGAUGUGCUUGUUCGAGGAAAAGGACUGUGAGGGUCAACCUUGGGGACAAGGUUGAUUUCAACGGGGGAGGAUUGAUGAGCGUAUUUUUUGGUAUGGGUUUUGAGAAUUUUUGGAUUUGAGCUAGGAGUCUCUUUCCUUGUAGUUUCGGUUUUCCUUGUAUGCUUUGGGUUAGGGGUGUUUGGGUAGGAUUAGGUUACGUAUUAGGAUUUUCUAAGUUUAUAAAUAUGUAACUUGGGUAUUAGUUCCGUAUUGAAUAAUAAAACUAAAGCUUUAUCGACACCAACGUCGUUUUCUCGCUUGUGAGCUACAAGCAACUCCGAACAGAGAGUGUCAGUUCAUCAUCUUUAGGAUAGGCGAUUUCCGACAAAUGGAGGGCAAAUGAAGUGAUGCCUUCUUCCAAGUCCUUUGCAGCUGCACCAUCUACAACUGCUUCUUGUUUCUUCUGAUAGAUGGAUUUUUCUACACUUCUUCCUCUUCGAGAUAGAGCCAGCCAUAGACAAACCCAAAAGCAGCAGCAGAUGGAGUAGCCACCAAACGAUUUGGGAAAUUAUCAAUUGAUGCACUACUUUGGAAGUAAUUGCCCUACAUCAAUCCCUUUUCAUUCUCAAAAUCGCUUCGCACAUUAGGGUUUGUGGGUCAAAAGUUCAUUUUCAAGCAAUUCUCAGAGCAAUUGGCGUCUGUGUCCCAUCGUCGUCGGUUCCAGCACUGCGUUUGUCAAGGAUUGAAUUUCUUCUUCGUUGGUGAGAGAAGCUAGCUCAUGUUCGCCGUUGGAUAAAAAUGGCGGAUACCAACUAAGCGAAGCUCUGCCACAUCACCGUCAUUCAUCGAUUCAAUGACUCUGGGCCAAGCUGUCAAAAAUCAUAAACCGCCAAUUCCAUG